ACCUGCUGAAUCUGUUGAGCCAGUUCCCUGGUCGGAGCCAAAACCAAAACAAUGGGCCCCUCGUCUCUCAGUAGGCGAGGCUGAUUUAUGAUAUGUACGAUAGCAGGUAAUAUAUAGGCCAAGGUUUUCCCAGAACCUGUUUGAGCAAUUCCUACUAAAUCUCUUCCAGACAAUGCAAUAGGCCAGCCUUGAGCUUGAAUAGGGGUUGGGUGUGGAAAGCCUUGUUUCAAUAUUUCUUUCAUAGCAUAGUCUGGGAAGCCGCCCUCCUCAAAGUACAUGCUCGGGGCGGGAACAUCGCGUCCUUUCACAGUAAUUUGGUUUUGGCUACGAUAUGAUUCUAUUUCCGCUUGACUGCGCGACUGGACGUUCUGAUGAGGCACAUAGAAGUUUUUCUGGAAUGGAGUUAGCGUAAUUGUAUCCCAGCGAAUUUUCCUGAGGUUACCCCCAGGUUGGUCAUUUUUAUUAAAAUUUCCGCGGAAAUCAUCUCGGCCGCCACGUCCUCCAAAGCCUCGACUGCUAUCUCGUCCUCCACGGCCGCUAUCCCUGCCACGGCUGCUGCUACCGAAGCGACUGCUUCCUCUCUCCUGGGACCGAUCACUCGAUCGUCCUCCUCGAGAACCACCUCUACCUCCACCGCGGCUUCCACGGCUACCUCCACGACCACCGCCACGACCGCCACGUCUAUCGUCGUACCUAAUACAAACAAAAAACAGUUAUCAAAAUCAUCCAAAUGAAGAGAUUCGAUUCUAACAAGAUUUGUCAACUUACAUUUUUGCUUAGAAUAACGAUGCCACACACAACAACAAAACUCUAAUAAAUACUGAACUUCUGAGCAAUACACUUGAAUUGUUAAGAUUUACGCGUUUGAUUGUUGUAGUUAAUAUUUUGUUUAUAAUUCUAUAUCUAUACUAGCGUACGUAACAAAAUAUUGGCCGACUUUUUAUUGCUGAUGCUAAUGCCACCUAAUGUCAGCCAUAUUUGAUUUGAUUUUACUGAAUGGAACGUCAUUGGUACGUUUUGACAAUCUGUUUCCGUUAAAGAUUUGUGCAAAAGCACCUUUUACAUUAUUUUAGAAGAUUAAUUUUAAAUUACUAACUUUAAUUAUAUUUUUACCUCAACAAAAUAUAAAAAGAUUAACACAAAUGAUGAAUAGAAAAUGUCAUGAUGAUUUAUUAGGGUUUGUAUAAUAUACUACACAGUUGGCUACUUCCGGUACCAUUGGACGAGAAAUAUACAGAGACUUCAAAAUGAAGCCAGACUCCGUAGAUUUGAGUCUUACGAACUUAGGCAGAGAGCAAAUCAACUAAGGAAUGAGACUUCGGUCACAACAAGAUGGGAUAACUAUUGUAACAAUGAACUAAUGAGAGAUAGGAUCUUCGAAGUUCAAGCUUGGAGAGAAAAGCAGAGGUUCACAAGAGAUUGCGUUAAAGACGAAAUCAGGGCGUUAAAAGAAGAGAAACACGCUACAGAACUGCAUUUAGAGUCUCUACAAGUACCGCUGAUGGUGAUAUCGCAGUGCCUGUCUAAUAGAGAUCAGAGAGUCCCACCAGAACUCACUAGAGACCAACUUGGGGAGGAACUAAAAAAGGAGCUGCAUAUCACGGAGAAUAGCAAGCGUGUGCUGAUGGACGUCUGUCACAUGGGCUGGGAGAAAAUCAAGGAGUUGACCAACGUACUGUGUCGCCUGGAGCGCGAGAUCAAGAAUAAGGAUGAAACCCUCGACUUGGAGUACCACGUCAAAGACCUCACUCGAGACAGCACCGAUAUCAGCUUCAAAUUGGAUCCUACUAGAGUACCCACUGAAUCAAUGACAGAAGAAAGUUACGCGCACUGCAUACAAAAUACUAUAAAGAUAGCUGAGCAGCUGAUGGCGGAAUCUAAGGACCUUCGGGCGACGAUGUUCAAGAGUCGAGAGCAAGCUAGGAAUCAGAUGUACGCGCAGAGCCAGCAAGUCGAGCUGAUCAUGCGGAGGAGGGUAUACGAUAUACAGAGGGCCAGGAAUGAGAUGGAGUGGCAGAAGUAUAAGUUGGAACAGAAUCUACAAAAAGUAGACAGGGAGAUAGAGACACUGCGAGCGGCGGUGGCAGAUAAAAUAAACCCGACCAAGUUAGUGGAGACGAGGCUGGAAACCAGGACGAGACGGCCGGUACUUGAGCGAGUACAGGACAAACCCAUGCGCGGCCUGAUUGAAGAGUUUGAGAGAGUACACACCAGUCAUAAUAUGCUGGAGAAGAAACUUGAAGAAGCUAUCACAACUUACCACGGCAUGUACAACCACCAUCAACGGGUAACGAAAGACCUUCAAUACAAGAACCAAGCUUUGGAGACGGACAGGCGGCUCAUUGAGAUCAGGAAACCUCUCCACUCUUCUGAUGAAACAGAGUUUAAGAGAAACGUCGGCUACUGUCACAUGAGCGACGAAUUAGUUACUGAUUAACGGCAACACUGAAAAAUAUUAAUGCUGUUGUUGGUGUUGCC